AGUCAUGCCAGCACGGACACAGCACAAUGGUUUUGAACAAUGCGCAAUCGAUUAUUAACAUAUUCCUCAAAAAUUAUCGCCCUUUCUAAACAAAAAGACCAAACAAAAGAUUCUUUCAAACAUUAAUGAGUCCUUGAGAUGCCAAAGAGCAUGUUCGCAGUUCAUUUACGGAUUAAAAGACUUACGAAGCAAUUGUCAUGGAGUAGAAACUAUGCCGAUAACGAGAUGGGAUUUUAAUUACUGGACGCGUUGCUAAAAAUAAGCAGGUUAGACGUGGCUUUAUCUUAAGCUAAGCUUUGGUGAAUUUGCGUCGAAUUUUCUGAAAGAAGAACUUGAAUCUAGCUCUAACCGACUGGAACGAACGCAAUAGACAUCAUGCCUCAAAUAACCGCAAGCGAUGUCAACUUGAGUUCAUCAGUCAUAAAAGCACGUCCUUCUGGAGACAGUAAAGCAGCGAGAAAUGAAGACAAAAGUUUUAAAGGACAAGUUUCAAACGAAGAGGAAAAAAAGUUAUCUGAGAAUGAUGGACGCCAUGAUGUAUUAAAAGACAUCAGAACUGAAGACUGCCUAAAAUUACCAACUCUAACAAAAGCUACAAAACACAACAACGGUGUAAAGAGUAGAGUUGAAGUUCUUUUAAAAAGAAGACAAUUUUCUGAUCUAACAAUUCACCAACUGAAUUCAGAUUUGUGUAGAAAACAUAGGGAAAAUUUGUCAUCGUCGUGUUUACGAAAUCACGAAGUUUCUCCCGGCAUGCAAAAACGUAUACCUAUUGUUUCUGACGAAAAUGGGGAAAACAAUAGCGAAGAAGGAAAUGCAAGGCAGAGUUUAAAGGAAAAAUCCUUGGAUAGCAAACUACCACUCUCUUGUUCAAUUCUUGAGGGACAAAGAGUAAACUUAAGAGAGAAGGCUGGGUUAAACAAACAGCGGAAACAAAUCCGAAAACAUAGUGAGCUUCCACAUGCAGAGAAAGAAAACAAGUUACCAAAUCAAAGUGACACUUCUUCGAAAGACCCUGAUCAUAUUAAAACCUUUUUAAUGAAAUCGAUGUUAACACGGAGAAAUACGUCUGAUACAGUUUCAGUAAACACUGGAAAGCGGAGUGACAGACCCGUAUUUCACCUACCGAAGGCAGAUAAAUACGAUAUCAGCCCUCGAGGUCUAAUAGACAACCAAGUUUGCUCUGUUUUCAGAGUAAAGGAUGUCAAAUCAUCAUCGCUGUUUUACCCAAGUUUCAACAAUGCUUGGAGUCCAAACCGGGACAACUAUAGAAUUAAACAUUCGGUGUUUAAAGCUUUCGCACAGCAACCUGCAGUGUUUAUAAGGGAACCAUCCCCAGUGGCUGGGGUGAAAAUACAUUUAAAGGAACACGAGGAUUCGUUCACACAAGCGAUUCAGGCUGUUGAAAAAACAAACGCACUAACCUCAGCUGUUGACACAGCAGUGACACGACAAGUUAAGAAAUUUGUUGUAAGAUUACCACCAAUUUGCUGAAAAGUAUGUUAGUUUGUACCAAAAAUAGUUUUGUAUCGCAGUUUAGUCUUUUCGUUUGGCUAACAUGUGACGUCCACAAUUAAUUUAAAACUAAAAAUAUUAUUUAGAAGUACAUUUAUCAACGUCGUUGUUGUUCAGAAGGCUGCUUAAUUUUAAUGCAAUAUUGGACCAACUAACUUACCAAUUUCUCUCGCCCAAGAGCAUAACCUCAAGUCCACAUUCUUCCUUUCCCCGGUGGGUAGGGUAAGUUUACGGUUCUCGCAACGUCAUCACAAGGAAAGACUGAGCCAAACUAGUUCCCAGUCGUGUUAAAUUACGAGCGGCUGAAGAUGUCGCACAGUAGGUAUCAAAAUCCUUUA